AUGUCAAUGGACUCAUUCAGCAGCUUGAAAAGGCGAAAGCUGAAAAAUGACUUCAUCAAAUUUUCCACCGACAAUAUUGGAGACCUUUAUCAACAAAUGGAUGAAUACAUCGACCCUGCUUCUGACCUCAUACAAAGAGAGUACAUCAAACAGUUGUACUCGACAAAACGUCCUUUCGCAAAUACGAAAAAGACGCCCGAACUGCUACAAAUCCUCACAGCCUUUCUAAUUGCUUCUUUCGUAUUUUACUUUACCGUAACUGUCUCAAAUGCUCAUGUUAUACCUACGACACGCAUAGAGUCGGAACACAAUGUAGUUAAAAGAGAUUCAACAGGCCUUAAAGAAGAUUUCCUGUGCAAUGUCGACUCCGACUUUGAAUGUGUGUGUAACCGUUCGGCUGGGAAUUUAGAUGACACUGUUAUCCAGUGUAACGCCUUAAUAGCGGUACGUUUAACGCCGUAAUAUUAAUUCUUUAAAGAUAAGGCUAAUUUACAGCCAAUUCCUUUUGCUUUACAAUUCUUGAAACCUCAAAUCCAAAAAAUUUUUAAAAAAGUAAUAAAAAUGCUAGUGAGUUUACAAUAUUUUUAGGAUGAAAAGAUCCCAAGUGUAGAUAUAAUCAUUAAAAACAUUGACUUGUCCUCACGUCUACAUACCAACGAAACAUAUCAAGACUACUUUCGUCGACGGGUCGCCAACAUUGUAAGCCAAUAUUGCGAAAAAGAAGCUCACGACUGUGCUGGUGCCCAACUUUCGCUACAUAAGGUAAAUAACAACGGUGAAUUGCGGUCAGAACCAAACAAAGCGCCGUCUAAUUCAAAAAACAAAGACUUGUCGAUUAAUAAAGCCGGCGCUUUGCCAAGUUCCACACUGCCAAUUCAUCGAUUGAAUGACGACGAUGAACCGUUACUGACUCAGGCGAACGUUCUCAUAAUGCACGUGGAAUACCUACCCAGAAAGCGAAUACUUAUGAAGUUCGUCGUGCGCAAACAACCUGAUUUAAUGCCAAAGAUGACCGAAGCCGAUCUGAUAGCACCAGGGAAGAUUGUCAACAUCCUUACUACGCAAGUAGGACCGUUGUCACGAGUGUUGGGUGGUAUUCGCAUUGAAUCCCUCCAUCUGGGCAGCAUCGAACGUCAGACACUGCCGGCAGACAACACAACACUAAUUAUCAUGAUAACAGUAGUUAUGGUUUCCAUAUUAUUCUGUUACGUUAUCGCAUUUUACAAGUGUAUUUCGUAAGUUCGCCUUCACGUUUUGUUUUUGCUAUUAGAAUUAUUAGUUAGACAUACGCCAUAUGUUAGGUUGUGCUUGCCAUAUUUAAGUUACUUUAAACGAGUUAUAAUUUUGUCUCUUCUGUUUAUUAAGUUUAUAUUUAUUUUUAACGUCUGUUUAGUAUUUUUUUUAUUUCAAUUCAAUUGAGAUUAUUCUUUGUACCUUCUGUUGACAAGGAAAACAUCCCACUGUGUUUAAACCAGUUAAGGUAGCAAGGAGGCCUCUUUUCAAACCUAUAAGUCAACUAAAAAAGUCGAACAGCAUCAGGAAACCCGCACGCUGCCGCACGAAAUAUCCAGAAGAUAUUUUAUAUUUUUAUGCUGGAGAGAAUUAUGUAAAUCCUGACUCCAUUUAUAACACAAUUUUGGAAAAUAUUCGAGUGUAAAUAGUGAUGUACUUUCGUGUGCGUACAUCUUACGAGAACGUAGUGGGACACUUGGAUAAGAAUGUAAACGAGCUGCUUGGCCAUGACCAAAUAAGCAAGAUGCUCGCCUUAGUAGCAUCGUUAUUUUCUUUAUUUGAAUGAGCUAUAGUGCGACUUCAACUCUUCCUAGUGCCAGUUUCAUCCAAAAAAAGCAUAGUGCGUGCUCAGAAGCCGACAAACUCUUUCGCGUGGAUACAAGAUAGAAAAUUCAUAGCGAAUGCCACCGGACCAAAUGUUCGCCGCGCGUUGUGAAAAAGCAGGGGGAGCACGCGUAAAACAGUGUAAAGAGCUAAGAAAACAGAACGCCGCCUCGCGGCCCAUCUAAAGUUUACCGUUUCGCAUUUUCGAAUCAUACUGCAGCGGCGCACCAAACAAGUGUUAAUUUCUCAGCGCUCUGCGUGAAUUUGGGGGCACUGAAAAGAGAGUGAAUGACACGAUUACACCGCGGAACUCACCCUCUCACUCUCUUUGCUUUACAUUAGUUAUGGCCCAAUGUUCUUUUUAUGACCUCAUCAAGGAGGGAUUAAGGUAUCACGGACACCCCACCAAAGACUCGUUACUUUGAAGCGAGGGAAAGCCAUAAUGCUUCAUUUAAAUUGCCCAUACUUUUUGUAUUUGUAAAUUUGGACAAAAUUGCUUUAGUUCGAAAACUCGCUUAAGUUAGAAUUAACGGGAGUUACUUUUAGAUUUAGUUGCCAUUAUGCGUGACGUAUCUCGUGUCGGCUGAAGUAACGUUCUUAAUUUAUGCGUAAAUGUAAAUUUUUAAUUUAAAGGAGCUUUAAAAUGCCAUCGCUUUCGCCCACUAAAAUAUUGCAGCGGUUGCGUAAGUUGUUGCAACUACGCGUCCGGAUGCACAGGUAAGCUACUGAGUUCGUCUAAAAAUAUCCGAAACUUUCGGGAAGGAAAUGGCCCAGAAUAUGUCUUCCUAAACUUUUGUAUAAGCCUUUACAUUUCUACAUAACUAGAGGUAUACGAGUCUCCAAAAAUAUCCGGUUUUAAGAUUAGCCUCUUGACGUCAAACAUAUUCAUCUUGUUUUUAAUCUCAAGUUAAGUUGAGAAUUCAGCAUUGUCCGUUCAUUCACGUUUCAAACUGUAGCGGCGCAAUUUCCUCUCAAUUUAAUUACGUCGGACUUGCGUUCCCAAACUUACUUAUCAACAUGACCAUGUAAUUAAGAUAAUAAUGUGUCUUGUGCAUGGUGUAAAAAUAAUGUCUGGCUAUAAUUUCAUGUUUACUAAUAUUUUGCCUUACAGGGACCGACGUCAGAAGCGAACGGAAGCUAAACGGAGCGAAAGCCUUGCAAAUAAGGACCAAAAGAACUACGGAGCGUGCAGUGACAAGUUGGAUGCGCCAAACAAUAUCAACAAGGCGACCAGAUCCUCAACAAGUUCAAGGUCGUCGGUUUUGAACAACAACAACAAUAACAACGAGAAAUGCCGCCGAACGUCGAAUGGAAAAGACGGUGGGCGUCUGACGGCACGAUCCUCCACCAAACGUUCCGUAGGUGACGACAAUUCUAUUGGCAUUUGCGACUUGCAAAACUCGCAGCCCUCGAGUCCUCCGCCUUCGGCAAACACGGAUACCAGAUCGUUCCAAAGAAUGUUCGCGUGCGACAUGAGCCAGUUACCAGCCGAGUCAUUGGAUGACGGUUACUCGGGCGAAGUGUUUUUGGAGGAAUCCAUAUCGCAAGAGGCCAUCGAGUCCCCCAACGUGUUUUACAGCCAGCAACAGAACAACAGCCAAAACAACUUUUACGUGGGAAGCGUGUGUAAUUCUCACCAAAACAGCCACGUAUUCAACCCAGAAACCGAAGGGAAUGUCAUAAGCCAUAACUCGCCGCCAUUAGAGACGCUACAAAUGGUUCAGCGUGCCGUGCCAAUUGUUGUUGAAAAUAUGGGAUCGGAGCCAAAGCUUAAUUACGACGAGAACGACAACCAUAUCCAUGAGCCGCCACCGCCUGCGCCAAAAAUGGAGAUCAAAAAUGAGUUGGCAGAGGUUGAAAAUGAAGAAUCCCCACCUCCGAACGUUCACGUUUCGAUAAUGGAGCCAGAGUACAACGAAAUCGAAUUACCCGUCCCACAUUUCGAAGUCUCCAAAACCCCGAGGGGAUCACUCGACAACGAGAAAGAUCAACAGAAUAUUGAGAACAACCAUGAAGAGUUGAAAUUGUCUAAUUCUCUGUUAGAUGCCAUCACCCAUAACGGACCUUAUGAACGGCCCUUAUCACGUCGUGGAAGUAGAGAUUCGCCGAGAGAAGAAGGAGAAGAAGAAGUUGUUAAUGAGAAAUGUGCAACACCACCACCAAUCGGAGACCGAGGGAUGCCUUUAAAGAUCCCUCAAUUAAGUAUUGACUUCGCUGAUGACGACAUUAUAACCAAACCCAAAAACAAAAGGUACGCUGACUGGUCCAGUGACUCUGAAGACGAAACUAAUGAACCAUAUCAAACUUUAGCUGAAGAAGACGAACUGGAAUUAGAAGAGAUAAUGAAAAACGACAAAUCAGAUGCACUGAGGAUCGAAGACGUACCAGCACGACCGUUGAGUAGAAACAGCACGCCAAUGAAUCAUAUAGAAGCCAAUGACUACUACACUAGUUCUUCAGAAUCCGAAGUAGAUGAGACGUAUGAAGAGAACGGCUAUGAUCGACCUUAUGAACGAUUAGCUGAAAUUUCUUCACCUAUUAUUCGUUUUAAGAAAGAUAUGGUGGCUUUCAAAGAAAUGGAAAAUUAUGCUGACACAGAUCCAGCAUUACUAUACGCGGCUGUGAAGACUGCUGCUCAAACUGUUGAAGUUAUGAAUAAACAGCUUGGAAUAGUAUACUACCCAAUAAUAGAAAGGUUCAAAGAAGUAAUAGAUGGCACUAACGAAUAUUAA